CCCCUGUAAUAGUAGCUGUGUCAGUGCAGCAGCCGAUUCCAAAGGACGCGCGAAAAGUGGAGACGCCAUUAGGGGCGAGAGAAUUUUUUUUUGAAAAUUGUGUAAAAUAGGAAAAAAAUUGCAGGAAAGAUACGGUGAAGAGGUUCGAUAAUUUUUAGUGGAUUUUUUUUUCCUACGAGAGUCGAUCAGUACGGAUGGUGAUGGGAAAGGAUGCUGCGAUGGAUUUGUUGCAUAAGGAAAAUAGAGGACCGAUGAGCAUCUUUGCGAUAAGGAAAAUGACCUGGCCAGGCGUUUUUGAUGACUAAUUGCAAAAAGUCUGGGGAUAAAUUUACUCGUGUUGGAUGGAACUGCAUUUGGGUUAGCGACCCAACCGGCAAAUGUUUUACGGCUUUGAGUGUUUUGCACAAAAGUGAUACGUUCCAUUGUGUACUGUACGGCGAGGAGGAAAAAAUACGAAAUAUGGAAACGAGCCAUUAUUUUGGCGGCAACAUUAAAAUUUCUUGAUAUAUAUUUAUAAACUAUUUAGUCAAUCGGGAGCACGUGUGCUCCAAUAAAUAAGACUUUCCAUAAACACGUAGUUAUACAAGUUCCAAAUAGUUGGAAAAAAAUAAGUGAAUAGGAAAAGACAAGUUGGAUAAACCUAUAUGAAAAGUGAUGAUAGAAUGUAUCGAAAAUACAUGCAACCCGGAUAGAUCGAAUUGCCAAGACCGAUUCGAAAUCCAACGAUAAACAGAUCCAAAAAUAGACAUUUGGCUGAGGUAGUGUAAAAAAAAUCAAACUGAAGAAAAAGAGAGAGAAAGAUGGAGGGACAGUGAAAAAGAAGAAAAAUAAAAGAAACAAUGCAUCACUUGUAUCCCACGUCAAAAGGAGAUCCUUUGUGCCCUCUUGGAUUUCAUCCUCAGGUGCGAUGGCCAACACGAUGUAAACGAUGUUUCAGAGAUUACAAGGAGCACGUUGGUAACAAGAAAGGCAGUUUAAAGGACACCACAGCAUCAUCCCCAAGUCUGUCGCCAUGGGAACCGUCUCAAGGACGUGCUGCUGAAGCUACCGACAAAAGAACGUGGGCAUCGACCUCGAAUUUAUCGAAGGAAGAUACGAAACUUUAUUCCCAACCGGAAGCCAAAAUCGGAUGGACAUCGGCAUCUGAUCUUAGUAGUGUGGAAAUUGACGCUGCUUCCAAAUCGAAUCCCGUUAGCAAUGCUGCCCCAAAGAGCCGCUUGUAUGCCGGAUCGCAAUCAGAUAGUUUUAAUUUCCGUCGAUAUUCGAACGACGAAACUAGACUCGAUCCACCCCAAAAAUUACAGAUACAGGGUGUCAUCGAUAACAGCAAUGGGACCACAUCGAAUACGGACGUUGAAUUUAUUAUACAGGUGAGGAAGACUCAAGGUACUGAUUCAUCGAAAUCACCAUCAAAGUCAUCGGACGUUUCAAGUAAAAAUACCGAAGAUGAGAUAUCCGAGAAAGGUGGAAAAACGGAAAAGAACGAGAUUGAAAAGCUGAAAGCUCAAUUGAACGAUAUGAGAGCAAGAUGUGAAAAGGUGGAAAAGGAAAAGAGCGACAUCUUGCUUCGUCGGUUGGCAACAAUGGACACAGUGUCGAACAAGUCAUCGAGCAACGAAGUGAUGAAGCUUCAAAAAAGCGUUAAGGAUUUGCAAGCUAAGAACGAAGCUCUUACCGAGGAGAAAACGAGUCUGGCAUCGAGAGUAAAGACCUUAGAGAAGGAAGCAAACACAAAAACAAGUAGAAACGAGAGAGACAGACAAAAUGACGAAUUACGUUCAAAACUUAAAGCAGCCGAGACGCUUUGCGAGACUCUGAUGGAUGAAAACGAAGAUAUGAAGAAGGAGAUCAGAGAACUGGAAGAGGAGAUAUAUGAGAUGCAGGAUAACUUCAGGGAGGAGCAGGCGGACGAGUACACGAGUCUCAGAAAGGAUUUGGAGCAGUCGAAUAAGAACUGUCGUAUUCUUUCGUUUAAAUUAAGGAAAGUCGAGAGGAAAGCAGAGCAAUUAGAAAGCGAGAAGACGGACCUUGAGAAGAAGUACGAGGAGAUGAAGAAAAUUGAGGAUGCUUUGAAAAAAAUUGGUUCCGAAUAUAAGAAUAGGACGCAGAAAAAGGCGACUGACUAUACGACGAAGAUUCAGCUUAGAAAAAUGGUGGAUGAUAUGGAGAAGGAAAUUGGUGACGUGGUUGGGAUUCUUGCCAACAUUGUUGUCGGUAAGGACGUCGAGGUGCCGAAUAUGACGACUUCGGACAUUGUCACGAAAUAUGAUAAGCUUUCGAAGGAGUACGAAUUGCUGAAGCAAAAGCUCGAGAAAGCUACGAAGGAAUUGGCUGCCGGUGAUAAUGAAACUCGAAAAGUUGAUAAGGGAAAAUCUGCUGAUGAUAACAAAAACACCGAUUCGCAAGGAUUGAAGAAAAAAUUGGACGAAGCUGUCAGCUCGAGGGAAGCAGAAAGAAAAACUUUCGAGGUUGAAAAAUCUGCAUUGCAAGAGGAAAAGGAGAAAUUGAAGUCGAAAUUGUUGUCAUUGUCAGCAGAAAAGCUCAAAGUUUACAAUGAAGUUGUGCAACUCAAAAAAGAUUUGGAAAUCGCAAAUUCAUCAGGAAAGGAUAAUGCCAAGAUGGAGUCUGUCUUGAACGAUCUCAGAAAGGAGCUGUCACUUGAGAAAGAGAAAUGUAAUAAUUUGCAAAAUGACUUGACCUCUUACAUGGAACGUGAGAGUCGUAUAACGAAGACACUCGCCUCUGUUGAGCUUACAAAAACUCAACUGGAUGGCGAAUUGAAGCGAGUCAAACAGGAAUUAGAGAACACGAAGUCCUCCACAUCUACGAAAAUGGAUGGAAUCCUGUCGGAAUUGGCCGAUGUAAGAAAAGAGAAGGAAAAGUUAAAGUCACAAUAUGAAAAAGAAAUAGAGUCGAAAGAGUCGGAGAUAGGUACUCUUAAGAAAAAAAUCGUGACGUUAGAGAAAGCUGGCUUGAAUGCAAAGAAGAUGAAUGAAUUGAAGCAAACCUACAAUGAACGUAUUUUGAAUCUUGAAAACGAGGUAAAGAAGUCUCUUAAGGAUUAUACUGAUCUUAAUUCUAAGUACACUACAUUGUCAGAAUUAAGGGGACACCUGGAAAGUGAAAAUCAAAUUUUAGGCAGCAAACUGUUGGAUCACAAACACGAUUUGAGUAGCAACAAAGCAGAACUAAGAGCAAUACAAGAAACGUUCAAGAAGAAGGAAGCCGAGUGGGUGUCAGAAAAAUUGCGAUUUGAGGAACGUUUACGCUAUUAUGAAAAAUCGCCAAACAAAUCAAUAGAGGAGAACAAAGAAGAAAUCAAUAGGCUGAAAAAAGAGAAUAGUUCACUGACAGAACAGCUGGCGGACGUGAGGAAAAUCAAUGAAGAUCUGACAAGUAAACUCAAGGACUACAAUAGCGUAUCGAAAAUACACCGUAAUUUCUCAGCUGAUACUUCCGCGCUCGAGUCGGAAUUAAGAAAAGCAAAGAAUGCCUUAUCGAAUGCGGAUCGCCUACGAAAAGCGGACCUAGCACAGUGCAAAAUGCGUUAUGAGCAUCGAAUAACAGCGAUUAACGACGAAAUACAAUCGAUACAAAAUCAAUUGUCUCGAUACAAGAGAGAGCGCGAUACCUACAAGCAUAUGUUGGAGGGUGCUCAAAAAACAAUAGCUGAUUUAAAAACAGUAAGACAACGUAGACAAUCUACGACCUCUACUGGAAAAUCGGACGAGGACGAAGAAACGUUGGCAUUAAACAUUUCAGUACUGGAGAAGCAGAUAAGCUGCAUGGAGGAUGAGCUUUCUGAGAGUCGAUUGGAAGCAUCAAAACUGAAGACUGAAUUAGUUUCAGAAAAAUCCGCUUGGCAAGUCAAAUUAUCUGAAAUGCAAUCAAGAAUCAAUGAGCUGGAGGAAGAACGUAUAUUAGCCAGUGGCAGAACAAAAAUUCCAGGAUUAAAAGUAAGAAUGGAACUUGCUUGGCAAAAGGAAAGAGAAGAACAACAAAGACUGCUACAAGAAACUACGACACUUGCUCGAGACUUACGGCAAACGUUAUUCGAAAUUGAAAGAGAACGAGAUAAAGAACGUUUAGAGAACAAGAGGAAACAGGAUCAACAAAAGAAAAUUUUCGACGAAGAGAAAGAGGAAAACAAGAAGAAGUUGAUAGAGUUGCAAUGCGAUUUAUUGGAGCUGCGAGAUGCGCACGCGAAGCUGCGCACAAGUAACGAAAAAAUGAGACGAGAAAAAGAACGUCAUGAGCGCGAGCGGGAGGAAUUGCGCGAUAUAAUCGCGAGCAAGCGACGGCAGGAACAGAACGAAGCACGAAAUGUGAAUAUUUUGUUGCAACAAGUCGACGAUCUUAUGAAACUCUUCCCAGAGUUGAGCACCAAAAUGGAAAAUAAGACACCGGACACGUACACUCCUACGCCACCACGGAGAUUGAAGGGACCAAAGUCAAGGGAGUCUUCGCCAAUGUUAGAGUCCAAGGAAGACAUUAAGGGAUCCAGUAGUAAUUUAGGAGGACGAACGGAAAAAUUGGAAUACACUAUUGGAAAGUUGAUGGAAGUCGCUAAAGAGUUGCAACAAUCGAAGAAAGCUAGUGACGAAAGCAGUUCCACGAAGACUAAGAAAUUCGGGAAGAGAUCUACUUCUAUCGAUAAUGACACUUCGAGUAGGACUACUCCUAGUAGAUCCAUAGGUGACAAAACUCAUAAACCCAGUUUGAAGAGAAAAAGUCUCUCGUUGGAACAGACUUCCGGAAAGAAUGAUCAAAUUAUUUGGGGCACCGACAGUAAUGUCUCUAGUAUGCAGUCAUUGGACGGAUCGGAAAUGGGCGAUCCUCGCCAUUUUAGUUUACAAAGGGAUUCCAGUGUUGACAGUCGUCUUUCGGGAGGAUCCACAAAGAGCGAAAUGCUACAACGCGACAAAAAAUACAGCAAAGGAAUCAUAAGAAAGAUCACUACAAAACUGACAAAAUCAGCCAGUGUUGAUGAUCCAAAUAGUUCCUUUGAUUUCUCAAUUCAGACUUCCGGUUCCGAAGCGAGUAUCAACGAAGAGGGUAAACGAGAGAAGAAGAACUUGAAGAAAAAGCUAACGGAUAUGUUUAAAAGAGGAUCCCGCAGUAACAGUUUGGAUAGAAAGGCUGGUUCACAAGAUACAAGCAGACCGUCUUCAAGAACGUCAAUGGUAUCCAAGACGUAAUCAAAUUGGUCCAAGUGAUUUUGAGAAGCCCUUUGAAAUAAAUUCAUAUUACGACAUGUACAUAUACGUACAAGAAUACAUGAUGCCGUAGGUAAGAGGAUUCGAGCCGAAAGGUGGUAAUGAUAUUCACAUAUGCUCGAAUCUCAGGUAUUGCGUAAAUAUAUAAUUCUCUAUUUGAGGAAAACCCGCAAAAACGUAUCAUGAGUGUAUCAUCAUAACUAUGCAUCAUUGAUCUUUAGAAUUCCCCACGUGUGACUCUCCAAAAACUAGGAUCUUUUAUCCAUAAGUAUCCAAAGACGCGAUCAGAUUAUUCGGCGGAGUAUUAAAAUAUACAAACGUUAUGAAAAAUGUAUGAAAAUAUUUUUAGAUCUGGAUUAAUUGCUAAUCACAAUUCAAAUACAAAAUUUAUCCUAUCGCUCAAGAAAACCUCCAAAAUCCAUCAUUUCCUCUCCAACUUCUAACGCGAGGAUAAAUUAUGAUAGAUGUAAUAAAUUGAUAUACGCAGAAUCAUCAGUGCGUGUAUAUACAACAAACUGUUAACACACCUAACAUGUAAAUAAAAGUCUGCAUAAAAAUCAUGUGUUCGUCGUUAAAAAAAAUGAAGAAAAGUUGGAUGGGAUUAUCUGAACAAAUAAAAUAAACUAUUCGAACUCGAGAAA